CGUGUUUACAAAGCAGAUGACUGCUUUGAAAUGUAAGUUUGAAUAAAGUUUCUUGGGGGCGGGCAAACAAACAAACAAAACAGGUCGGCUCGCUGAACGUGAAUGUGCUACUUCAGUUGCAUUAAACAAAAAAAAAAGUUACAUAUAAGGUAUCGCAUUUGCGCAAAACAUUUGUAGUUUGACGGUAACAUUCAGGCAUCAUCACAGCAAAAGUGAUCUCAUUGGAACGUGAUCAUCAUAGUACUUUUAUCAUCUGCCCUCAUAAGGGGUGACUUAAUGCGUUUCUGAUUUUAAAAGGUAACAUUUAUAGUACACGCGAAUUUGGCCUUGAAGGGCAUCAGUACAGUUGAAAGACGUCUGAAAACUCCCAGCUCUAGUGACGACUCCGAAUGCUGCAUGAUAUCACGUGACUCUCUUGCACAGCUGAGGAUGUUGAGGCUUGCCCGAUGCUAGCUCGUUAGCUACGCUAGCUUUGUCUGGUAAUCCUUGGAGGCACUUUACGCUUUCCUUGACACGUUUUUAAUCCAAAACGCCAAGGGGGAACACUCAACGAACAAUGGCAGUGUCGCAGGGCGUGAUGGAUUCUGCUGUGUUACCUCUCACCAACCGCUAUUGGUUCGAUGUCAAUGUCAUAUUUUGCAACUAGGGCUGACCAGUUAGCUUCCUGUCGUCUGCUGUUUUGCUUUCACACACAAGCCAAGGCCGAACGACAAAGGGGAAGGCUGAAGAGGUAGGUGGACAGGGGCUGAGAAUCAGCUUUUGAACCACUACAGACUCUUCUCGCCUCUGGUCUUCCUCCCUGUCAACCCCAGCAGAGCCAUGUCAUCAUCAUCAGGGUGCUGCCACCUCCCUGGCUCUCUAUGUGAUUAUUCAGGGAACACAGAAUCAGAGUCCUCGAAGGAUUCCGAAGAGUCUGAUUCAACUGCACAGGCUCAGUACAUUGCCAAGGUUACGGCGAAAGAUGGCCACCCACUCUCCACCAUUGUUAAAGCUGUGAGCCUGCAAAGUGAUGUGGGCAUGUGCCGGAUUUGCCAUGAAGGCGGUGGAGGAGAGACGCUGCUUUCUCCGUGCGAAUGCACUGGCACGCUAGGGAAAGUGCACAAGAGCUGCUUGGAGAAGUGGCUGUCUUCCUCCAAUACAAGCUACUGUGAACUUUGCCACACCGAGUUCACCAUUGAGCGGAGGCCACAACCCCUCACACAGUGGCUGAGGGACCCGGGGCCCCGCAGCGAGAAGCGGACGCUGUUGUGUGACAUGGCCUGCUUUCUGCUCAUCACACCACUGGCGGCAAUCUCAGGUUGGCUGUGUCUGCGCGGUGCUCAGGACCACCUGCAGCUCAAGAGCAGACUGGAAGCUGUCGGCCUAAUUGCACUCACAAUUGCCCUCUUCACCAUCUACAUCCUCUGGACACUGGUUUCAUUUCGAUACCAUUGCCAGCUGUACUCAGAGUGGAGGAGGACCAAUCAGAAAGUGCGCCUGCUCAUGCCUGACAUGAAAAGCUCACUCACCUCCCAAAGUUCUGUGCCGACCAAGUCGACGAAGAAAAUGACUGAUGAGACCAUCGUAUGAGUGUGGCUUGGCGGCCAAGGGAAUAUUUAAAUGAAGCCAGCCUAAGCACUCGCAAAAAACAAACAAAAAAACCCCACAAAAAAAUCAUUAACGAACCUUUGCACUUCAUAUGGACCAUUUGGAUUGGGGAGGACUACUUUCUCCCGAUUUUGUCUUUGUAUUGAAGCACUUGAUGUUAACUACUACAGUAUUGGCUGGCCACAAAUGUGGUUUUUGGAUGAACUCAUGCCUGAGUCACAAUGGAUUGGAAAACGUCUUGUCUGGACCGCUGGUGCUGAAACGUCAACGUCUGGGGGGAAAAAAACCGAGAUGAACUAACCAGCCCGGCCUUAAGUCUGACAAAGGUAUGAAAUACUAAGACACAAGCUAAUGUAGCAGGAUAUAACUGACAGCAUGCUACAACAGUAUAAUAUGAACUUUCACUACCUAUAAUUCCCCACACGCACCUUCACAAUGUAUUUAGCCGUUUUCAAAUGAGGGGCAACCUUAUCUGGGCAUGACCUGGAUUAUUAAUUUCAGUCUGCUGAGUUUUAAACUGUAAGUGGAUAACCUAUGCCCUCUAUUACACACACUUGCAGAAUGAGUGAUUCGUCUCUCAAAUUGUAUUUAUAGUCCCCAAUUGAACCUUUGUGUUCCAGUAUGUGUUCAUUCUUGCUAUGUAUUUAACGAAAAAACUGGGACAGUAAAGCCUUUACCACUUGAAUGUUGCCAAUUGGUAAGUUAAGGAGGACUGACGUAAUCAUUAUUUCACAUUUUUGCAAGUGCAAAUAGUAUUUCUGAAUUUUGAGAGACAAUUAGCGCCACCUAUUGCAUUUUGUGCAAUCCAACAUCCUUAUUUUGCAGCUUUAAACAUCUGCUUUAGAGUACAUUUAUUUGAAUCACUUCAUUUUCAUUUGUGUGGUUAUCCUCACGUUAGAUGUUUUGUACCAAAUUGUGAUCACAAUCACCUGUAAUCAUAUUUUUUCAGUUUUUUUCCCCAUUUGACUAAUACUAAUCUCAUCACUUGUUAUAAAGUUCCCAUCACUACAUUUUAUUUUGCACAUUACAAUCCUUUAUGGCCAGACAUGUUUGUGGUCUGCAGUGAUGUGCAAGCAAGUUAGAUUAUCUUUCAAAAUAAUGGCUUUUUAUGCUUCUACAUUUUUACUGUCCAUUUUUUCCAAUAUGGGGGUUGAAACAAGUAUUUGUGAAUAUUCUUGUCAGAGGGAAACUGUUUUACACCAAUUAGUCGACCCUAGUAUGAGAUGUGAACUCCACACAUUCAAUAAAUGUGAACCGGCACAGCAAAAUGAGUCAUAGUGAGAGAUUUUUUAAAAGUGAGCAUUUUGUUAUAAUCAUGACAAGAACAAUCUCUAUUUUCCAAAGACAUAUCAAGCAUACAAUUGCUGAGAAAUUGCGAUUUGAAGUUGGGUAGUCCGUGUUUCUUGAAAUUUCCGGAAUGAGGAGAAAAAACAAGACUCUCAAAACUUUUUGACCACAGUUCACUUAUCUAUAGCAAGCAGUAUGUUAAUGAGGCAGGAAUCAGGCCAUACUGAAGAACAAUUUAUUGUAUGAUUCAGCCAUAAAAUAAUAACUUGAAUGUAUUUAAUUAUACUUUUAAAAUCAUUCAGAAACAGUGCCAUUGAACCUAAACAACUGAGAUUUCUUGAGUAAUAGAAACCUGAACCGCUUUACGUCCUUUAUCAAGUAUGUUUAUACUAGUUCACUCCACAAAUUGCAAACCGACACGAUUCAGAUUGUCGGCAAUUUGUGUCAUUCAAAGACAUUUUUUCAUGUCUUUUUUUUAACCUUGAGAAUCCAUACAAAGUGUUUCGAAAAAGUCACAUAGCAUGUUUUCCAACCUUAGACUCGGUAUCCCUCAAUGCACUGACACAUGAAAAUAGACCAAUAAGAAGCCAUUAUACAGUGGUACCUCUACAUACGAAGUUCAUUCAUUCCAGGACCUUGUUUGUACGUCGAAAUGGUCAUAUGUCAAGCAAGAUUUUCCCAUUAGAGUACAUUAUAAUCCCAUUGAUUCGGUCGACAGCCUGAAAACCUACACUAAAUCCUUAAUAAAUGCUGCUGGUACUAUUGUAAAUUCACCCCUUUGCAAAAAGUAUGGAAUCACCAGUCUCGGACGAGCACUCACUCAGGCAUUUUAUCAUGUAGAACAAACUCCGAUAAAGAGCUUGAGAAAAAUAAUGAAUUGAUUCAAAAGUGCAACUCUUAAGCAUUCAGAAACACUAAAAGAAAUGAAUAAAAAACACUGUGGUGGUCAGUAAAUUUUACUUUUAUAGAGCAAGUGCAGGGAAAUAUAUAUGGAAUCUCUCCAUUCUGAGGAAAAAAAUAUGGAAUCGUGAGAAACAAACAAAGAAAUAACAAUUUUUUAAAAAUCUGUUGUAUUUAGUAGCACCACCUCUGGCUUUUAUGACAGCU